AACCCAUUUUUUAAUUGACAGCCCCGGUUGACUCCUCUCCUCCACACAGUACGACGAAGCCCUAGCCAUCAAGGUGAAAAUCCUGCAUAAAAAAGAAGCAUGGGCACAGACAUCAUCAGCAGCCUACCAAACUCGUUGUUGUGCCACAUCGUCUCAUUCCUCCCAACCAUAGAUGCCGUGGGCACCAGCUUCUUGUCUCGCCGGUGGCGCCACCUCUGGAAGGAUCUCCAAGCCUUUGAUUUUGAUACCCAACGCAUUGGGAACAAUGAGAGAUUCGUGUCUUUUGUGGACACAGUUCUAUCCCAGCGCAGGUUUUCCGACAUCCGAAAGCUCCGCCUCAUUUGUGGGGCACACUUAGAUAGCGGCAAUGCCGUCGGAAGGUGGGUGCGAGCUGCUCUGGGGCCUUGCCUUCAAGAAAUGCAUCUCCUUUUGUAUGGUGAUGUUAGUAGCAACUAUGUUGAUGAAAUAUUCACAUGUGCUUCGCUUGUUUCUCUCACCCUGGUGGCUAAUCUUGUUUUGAAUAAUAUAUCUUCGGUUCAUUUGCCUCUACUCAAGAAUUUAUCACUGGGCCCAGACGUACCUGUUGACCUCAACCUCAUAUCUGCCUGCCCUGCUCUUGAAUAUCUUUACUUCAUUUUUGAUGCAUCGUUUUAUCCUAACAUUCACUUGCUCUCCCCCUCUUUGAAGAGGCUAAGAUUAAUAGAGGCAAGAGAAAGAGACUUUGAUGAUCCCAUAAUCACUGAGAUUCAAAUAGACGCCCCGAAUCUUGAGUACCUCCGUAUAUACCUUGAAGAAUCGUGUGUAAGGACUUUAGUCAUCAGUGAUUUUCCCAACAUGAUGGAAGCUUCUAUUGAUAUUGCUCCCAAGGCUGAGCAUGUUGAUUGGGUACCCAAACUUCUCCAGGCACUCUCCAAGACGAAGAAGCUGGCUUUGGGGGGAUUUACCACCCAGUGCUUGGUCAAAGCUCCAAAUUUACACUUCCCAGAAUUUAGCUACUUACGUCAACUGAGGAUUUGUUUUAGAAGUUUCAACUCUGGAGUCCUAAUAAAACUGCUUUGCUGCUGCCCUAAGCUUCAAGUACUCAAAAUUGAUAACAAUGGGGUACAGUAUUUUGGUGACCAAACUCCCCGUACUGAACCUAGCAGUUGGACACAGCCAGCCAGUGUACCUAAUUGUGUUAGGUCACACUUGAACAUUCUUGAAUUUAGAAGAUACCCAGACUCAUUAGAGGAACGUGAAUUUUUGGCUUAUAUCUUGCAAAAUGCACUUGUUUUAAAGACAUUUAUAAUCUACACUAACAUUGGUUCAUUUGAAAAGGAGAAAGAGCAUAUCCUUAAUGAAAUAUCUGUCUUACCGAGGGGCUCUAGCAUAUGCCAAGUUGAAGAAUUCACGUAUUGCAAAUGGCGGCUAUAAAGGAGAUGACUCCUAUUGCUUCAGCAUGGAAGUGUGAACUUGGAAGGGUGGAUUAUGUGAAGUAUAAGAAGACUCGACAUCAUGCUUUUGUUCUAUGCAACUUUUAAUUUAAGCAACAUAAACAUAAGUUGUUGAUGUUAUUUUUAAACUCUUUUUUUUUUUUUUUUUCCAAUCAGAUCUAGCUACCUAGUUGACAGUAUUUUCCUUUUUGAAAGUUGCAGUUUAAACACUUUUAUGUUCGGAUCUAUCUUAUAUUUGGGA